CCUGUUGAGGCUGAUUUUAUGCAGGUGACAGGAAAGCAAGAUUUUUUUCUGCACACUCAUCUGAUGGGUGGAGACUCUAAAACUUCCUGAUACUUUCUAUUUAUGCAGUAGAGUGUGGAGACUGUCUUCAGCACCUCAGUUUUCCAGGUUUGACCAUCUUGCCCAGAAAAGAUGUCUUUCUUCAAGAAAUUCUAUCAAAAUAUAAUUCAUGACAGAGACCCAGAGAAAGACACCAUUAAGCUGAGAGGGAAAGAGACGCCCGUGUUUUAUGGUACGGUAGCACCAUACCCAAACUUCAAUGCCAGCCAUGAUGCUUCAGUUCUGCAGAGCGCCAUAGAAAAUAAAGGAGUGGAUGAAGAUGUGAUAAUUUCAAUCCUGGUCAAAAGGAACAAUGAGCAGAGACAGAAGAUAAAGGCUGUCUAUGAGGCUUCCACUGGGGAGUCACUGAGUGGAGCUCUCAAGUCUGCUCUCAGGUCAGAUUUAGAGGACAUCUCUCUGGCCUUGUUGAUGAAUCCAGCACACUUUGAUGCCCACUUGCUCAGAGAUGCAACAAAGGGAUUUGGCACAGAUGAGGAUGUCCUUGUGGAGGUUCUGGCAACGAGGACAAAUAAACAGAUUGCAGAGCUGAAAAAGGCCUUUAAAGCAGACUACAAUAAAGACCUGGAGGAUGUUAUCAAGGAUGAAACCAGAGGCGAUUUUACCACCGCUCUUCUGGCCAUGCUGAAUACACAAAAAGAUGAAGACACAGUAGUUGACAUGGAUCAAGCCCAAAAGGAUGCAACGACUCUCUUCGAAGCUGGUGAGAAUACAAAAGGAGUGGAUGUCUCUGCCUUCAUUAACAUCCUGACGACACGCAGCGGACCGCAACUCUCCAAAACGUUCCAGAGGUACGCCUGUGUCAGCGACAUGACCUUACCUAAAGCUCUGAACAUGGAACUGAGAGGAGACAUUGAAGACUGUCUCAUUGAUAUUGUGAAAUGCGCCUGGAGCACACCUGCCUUCUUCGCUGAGAAGCUACAUCGGGCUAUGAAGGGCCAUGGCACAUGUGAAGACACGCUGAUCAGGGUGCUGGUGAGCCGCUCUGAAAUCGACCUGAAGAAGAUCUUGGAGGAAUACAGGGCCAUGUAUGACACCACACUACAGGAGGACAUAUUGAAGGACACCAAGAAUCAUUUUGAGAACAUCCUCCUUGGACUUUGUGGCCCCCACUAAAGAACUACAUUACUGGAACUUGAUGCCAACUUUUCCACCACAUAUACAUAUAUUGAAUUGAUGAUCUAAUAAAGUUGGUAUUAAACAGCAAUAGCAAAGGCUAUGUAAUUUCAACAUGUAUGUUUAUGUUUAAAGGGGACCUAUUAUGCUCAUUUUUUUACCCUUUGUAUUGAUUUGUGGAGCAGCUACACACAAUAAUGCGCACAGAAAACCUUUCCAGAUCUUCCAGAAUCUACACCUAUUCCAGCUGUAUUUACUUGGAUUUGUGUGUCCAGCCAAAAAGGCCUUUUUAAAAUUGAUUGCACCCAUAGCCCGCCUCUGGGC